AUAUGGGACUAUUUUGGACUUCUUUUUGUUUUCUCCGUAGAAUGGAAGAGAGUUGAGGAGACCGUGUCGGAAGAUUGGGAUAGACAGACAGAUCAGAAAUAAAUUGAACGGACAAUAAGCUUUUGCAGUGAAUUGAAGCUUUGCUUUGAAAACCAUUGGAGAGUUCAGCUCCAGUGUAUUUCACUCCAUAUUAUAGGUAAAUGAGGCGUAAUCUUGAGGUUUGGAAGAUGGGCACUGUCAAUUACCUGGAGGCUCUGAAGCUCCAAGAAAAGCUGGCAUCUGAGAGAAAAGCCCUUAAAAUUACUGAUACCCUAUUAUCUCUACAACAUCCACCGACAUAUACAGUUGGCAAAAGGGAAACAGUUCAUAAUCUACGCAUUCCUGAUACAGACCUAAAAGCCAUUGGGGCAGAACUUCAUUAUACACAAAGAGGAGGUGACAUUACUUUUCACGGCCCUCACCAAGCAAUCUUGUAUCCCAUUGUUUCGUUGCGCGAUAUUGGUUUGGGGGCUCGAAAAUAUGUCGAGAAGCUUGAGCUAACCAUGAUUGAAUUGGCAUCUAUGUACGGUGUGAAAGCACAGGUUGGAAAUAAUUGCGAAACAGGGGUUUGGGUUGAGGACAGAAAGAUUGGCGCAAUUGGGGUUAGAAUUUCAUCUGGGAUUACAUCUCAUGGAUUAGCAUUCAAUAUGGAUCCGGAUUUAAACUACUUUAAGCAUAUUGUGCCUUGUGGUAUUGUGGAUAAAGAUGUUACAUCUUUGAGGAAAGAGGCAGAUGUAGAGCUUCCUGCUGAAGAAGUGAUACAAGAGCAACUGAUCGCUUGUUUUAUAAGAAUAUUUGGGUACAACGAUGUCAUUUUGAAAGAUAAGUCAGUGUUAUAAUUUGUUAAGCAAUAAUGUUGUCACAUACUGAUACAUAAUGUGUCUUAUUUUUUGUAUAAGUAGACAUUGUUCAGAUUAAUAUUCUGGAUGAACAAGCGAUGAUUACAAAAGCAAACAUGUUGCAUUUGCUGCGUAUCAAGUUUGAAAUAAGGGUA